AACCCAUUUGAACAAAUGUGCUAAGUUUUGUCACUAUACAUCAUCUACCUGUCUUCUCAAUGACUUCAAAUCUUUUUUAUAUGUCAAGUGAUCAUAUAUCACAUAUAUAUGGUUUUAUAUGUCUCUAAUGAUCUGGGUGAUUCAGAACUAGUACGCUCAGUAGGUUUCUUGCAGAGAAAACAACUAUUCAAACCCUAAACCUCCAAAUAAUUGCUUCCCUGCAUGAAAGAUGGAAACUGGAGUUGUCAACAUCCAAGAACCAGUCUCUACAAAGAAAAAUGUUGGAGAAGCUCCUGCAGGAGUGAUACUUGACAACUCAUCCAUGGAAGUACAUAAGGUAAACCUGAGUACUGUUCUUGAUGAUGAGAUCAGCAGUGGCGAUUGCAGAAACGGUAUUAUUUUAGGAGAGACAGAUGUUGCAGAUAUCGUAAAUGGUUCAGAAGACAGUAAGAUCGUUAGUGAGAAAGCUAGUGAGACAGAAAAGGAUGAACAAGGCUCUAUCUUUGUUCAUAAACCUGAAAGUUUGAACAAAGACAUAGAAGAUGCCAAGACAAUUUUAAGUGAUGUGACUUUAGAGAAGGAGAAAGAAACCGGAAAACCAGAAGAGGUAAGUGUCGAAAAACCGGUAAUAGAAGAAGAUCAUACAGAAACAAAAGACUUACCAGAACAAGAGGAUGAAACUGGUAGUAUCUCUAAGGCCAGUGAAGAGAUACCUAUAAAGACUGAUGAAGUAAAAGAAGAAAAGGAUUCAAGAGCUUUGGAGACCGCUGUAAAUGGAAGAGAGGCUGAGCACAAUGCAACGGUCUCAGUAGAAGAAAUCUCGAGGAAUGGUGAAAACAUUGUCAAUGAAACAGUUCCAGAAAAAGAAACCGCAACAGAUGGUGCAUCAGUGAUUGAAACUACACAAAGAGUUAUUCCUGAACUGGAAAAAGAAGAAGAGACGAAAAUAGAUGAAGAACCGAGGCUGGAUGCGAUGGAGAAAGUGGAAACAGAGAUUGUAAAGACAGUUAUAGAAGACCCUGAGAUUGUUUAUAAAGAAGAAACUGCAGUUCUUGAACCUGUAAGCUUGAAGGAAAUUGCAGAACCAGUGGAAUCAAUCAAAAUCUCAGAUGAUGCAGAGAAAAUCUCACGUGAAGUGACUGUAGACAAAGGAAAAGAAGAGGACAUAAUCCAAAACACAGAAGAGGUGCAAGAAAGUCCUAGGGUAAUCGAAACACCAACAAUACAAGGAGAGGACAUCGAAUCAAAAGCUUCAUUAGACCAUGAGGUCAAAUUUAAGGAGACAGUUCCAGAAAAAGAAACUGCAACAGAUGGUGAAUCAUUACAUGAAACUGAAACUACAAAAAGAGUUCUUCCUGAAGCAGAAAAAGAAGAAGACAAGGAAGAGAUGAAAACUGCCGAAGAACCGAGCCUGAAUGUGAUAGAGGAAGUGGAAACAGCGACUGUAAAGACAGUUACAGAUGACCCUGAGAUUGUAAAUAAUGAAGACACUACAGUUCAUGAUACUAAAAGCUUGAAGGAGAAUGCAGAACCAGUAGACCCGAUAAAAAGCUCAGAAGAAAUAACCCAAAACACAGAAGAGAUUCAAGUUAAUCCUAGUUUAGUUGGAACGUCGAAAAUACAAGGAGAGGACAAUGAAUCAAAAGCCUUACUAGACACUAAGAAAGAGGUAGAUCAUAGCUCAAAUGAUACAGAGGAACAUGAACAUGUGUUGGGGAGAGACUUACCACAGUGUGAGACGUCUGGAGUUGAGGCUGUAGAGACAAAAGAAGAAACAAAACCGAGUCUGGACCUGAAAGAGGAUAAAGAAAAAGAGGAAACAGAGACAGUCAAGGCCGUCAUUUCGUCUAAUGAGGUAAGUUCUUCUACUAUUCAAGAAGAAGAAUUUGGUGAACAUACUGACCCUUGUAUCUCGGAGAUCAAAGAGGAGAGCCAUGGAAGAGAAGAAUCUGUAGAGGUCAAAUCUAAAGAGACCACUGCGGAGAAGCAUAAGGAUCUUCUUGAUGUAUCAUCUACAGAAUCAGAGAAGUAUCAAGAAAACGAACCUGAGACAACUAUAGUCGCCAAUACAGAAAGACAUGAGAAAUUUGAAGAAAGUCCAUCAGAUCUUGCGUUAAAUGUAGGUAAAGAGGAGCAAAACGAUGAGAAGAUAAAGUUAGAUCAGGUUGAUGUAAUUCAAAUUAUGGAGGAACAGAGAGGCCUAGACUCUAACGGGGUAGAGGCAGCGCAAAUUGAUCGAAACAGCACUGAUGAAACAGAGGAAAGCGCAGUUGCAAAGCAGGUUUCUCUUCCGGAUGUGGAACCAGUUGAGCAGAUGCAGAAGCCAUCACUUGAUUCUCCUCAAGUAUCAGAAGAAACAAGCAAAACCGUAGAUGCAAAAAUUGAUGAAGAACCAGAAGAAGAAAAAGUAACAAUGCAUCAAGAAGAUCAAGAGGAAGGUUCAUAUGGAUUAGAAACAAAAAAGGAGACAGUUUCAGUACCAGAGAGCAUUGAGACUGCAGAAAAAUCAUCCCAGGACGAAAGUAAUGUGAUUGAUUUGACUCCUCUGCAAGAAGAAUCAUCCCAAACAAAUGAAGAAAAAAAGGAAACAAAGUUAGAGGCACAUGAACUAACAAAUGAAGAAGUUACAGAAGUUUCAUCUGCAUCACUUCCAAAGGAACUGGAAGGUGAGACCGUUGUUGAAGAACCAGCAGCAGUAGGCAAUAUCCAGAAAAGUCUUGAGACUGGUGAAACAGUUCAAUCUCAUAAUUUAUUGCCAUCUUCUUCAGAGGAGCAAGAACAUGGGAUUGUUUCUGAGAAGAUGGAAGACGAAAAAGUGGAGGAAGUACCGAUGGUUUCUAAGGCUAUAGAGGAGCAGACAAUAGAUAUGGAACCUUCUUUGACUGAAAAAUUCUCUAGGGAUCAGAAUCAGCCGGAGAAACAAGUCGAAGAGGCAUGGUCCAGAGAUGAACAAGAAAAGGAAAUCUCAAGUAACAGUGAGAACAUUAUGAAUGAAACAUAUGCUUUGCAUAGCCCAGAAGCUACAGAAGAAGAAACUGCAAAAAAUGGUGAAUCAUUACAUGAUGUUGAAACUACCAGAAGAGUUCUUCUUGAAGUGGAAAAAGAAGAGGAAGAGGCAGAGACAAAGACAGAUGCAGAACCGAUGUUGGAUGUGACGGAGAAAAAGGAAUUAGAGACUGCAAAGACAGUUGUAGAAGACAUUAAGAUCGUCAAUAAUGAGGAAGCUACAUCGCAUGAAUCUGAAACCUUGGAAGGAGAUGAUCAUCAGGGUGAGAAUGCAGAAUCACUGGAAGCAAUCAAAAACUCAGACGAUGCGGAGAAACUCUCAAGAGAAGUGACUGGAGAUAGAGAAAAGGACCAGGACAUAACCCAAAAGGCAGAAGAGGUACAAGAAAGUCCUAGGGUAAUCGAAAUACAGACAAUACAAGGAGAGGAAGAUGAAUCGAAACACUCACUAGAACUCAAGGAAGAGGUAUAUCAAAGCUCAAAGGAUACAGAACAACAUCAACAUGUGUUGGAGAGAGACAUACCACAAUGUGAGACCCUUGAAGUUGAGGCUAUAGAUACUUCAACAGUCCAAGAAGCUGCGAUCUUAAAUACUUUGGAGACCAAUAAUAGUGAAACAGAGGCAGUGCAUAGUGAAAUGGGUGGAGCAGAAGAAGGCCAAGAGACAAAGGAAGACACAGAAACGAGUCUGGACCUGAAAGUGGGUAAAGAACAAAAGGAAGCAGAGACAGUUAAGUCUGUCAUUUUUUCUGAUGAGGUGAAAUCUUCCGAUCAAGCAGAAGAACAUACUGAACCUUAUACCUCAGAGAUCAAAAAUGAAAGCCAGGGAAGAGAAGAAUCUUUUGAGAUAAAAUCUAAGGAUACUAUUCAAGACGAAAGCAGUGAGGAGAAGGAUGUGAAUCUGCCUAAUGUACGAUCCGGAGAAUCAGAGAAGUACCAAGAAAAUGAACCUGUUACAUCUCUAGUCUCGAAGACCGAAAGCGUGGAUAAAUUUGAGGAAAUUCCAUCUGCUGUUGAAGGUGCUGGAUUAAAUGAGAGCACACACAACCAAACUCUUGUGGAUGUAGAAUCAGUUGAGAAGGUGCAUAAACCAUCUCUUGAGACUCCUUCUGAACUAUCUGAGGAAACAAGCAAAGCCGUAGAUGAGAAGAUCGAAGAUAAACCAAUAGAAGAAGUAACAUUUAAUCAAGAAGGUCAAGAUGAAGGGUAUAAUGGAUUGGAGCAAAAAGAAGAGACAGGUUCAGUACCAGAAAGUACGGAGCUUAGAGAAAAAGCCCAGGAAGAAGAAUCAUGCCUGCAAAACGAGCAAAAGAAAGAAGUAAAGUUGCAGAAAGAACAAAUGUACAAGCAUGAACCAACAGAGGAAGAAGUUUCUAAUGACCAGCAGAGUCCUGUGGAAGAAAAAUCUGAUGACGUUAUACAAGUUUCAUCUGCUUUACCUUCAGAGGGUCCAGAAGAUGAGACCGUUGUUAAAGCCGAAAAGAUUGGGGAAGAACAAGUAGCAAACGAGAUGAAUGUUGAAACAAGUUCAUUGCUAUCAUCUUCAGAGGAGCAAGAACAUGUGACUGUUCCCGAGAAGACAGACGGUAAAGAAGUGCAGGAGGCAGAACCAAUAGGAGAUAUGAGGGAGAAAGGUCUUGAAAUUGCUGAAACAGCACAUCUGAGUCUUCCAUCCGUUGAUCAGAAUGAGGAUGUCAAAGCUUUUGAUGAUGAAAUUCAGAUUCCAACUGCUACAUUGCCAUUGGAAGAUCAGGAAAAUAUUACUUCAACAGAAAAAGGAGAGACAAAAGCAAAUGAAACUGCAGAUGAUAAACAAGAUGAACAUGUCGAUUCUUCAACCUCUCCAAUGUUCUCAGAGAAAAAUGAUGAUGAAACUCAGGUUGCAGAGGGAGAGAAAAGAGAUGCAGAGAUAACAGUGGGCACCUCAAAGACAUCUGAAAAUGUAUGCAUCCAACAAGAUGAGUUUGAGAAAACUGAAGCUACAAAGAUAGAGGAGUUUAAAGAAGACAAGAGCCAAGAAAUUGCUGAGACAAUCAAAGAAAUUGAAGAUACAAGUGAUCAGACUCUUCCCAUUCAAACACCACAGGCAGAAAAUACUCCAUCCUCUGAGUUAGUGUCAGAACAGGAAGACCAAACCCCAAAGCAGGUUGAGGAUAUUUAUGAGGUAGAAGCUAUGGGUUCUCGAAAUCUUCCGGAUGAAACAUUACAAGCAUAUCAGACUCAGUCCGCUGAUUUAAUCUCAGCACUAAAUGACCAGACUCCAAAGCAUGUUGAAGAAACUCAUGAAGAAGAAACAAAGGAAGAGCACAAGUUACAGGCUGACGGAAUCCUUCCUACCGAAACUAUUCCAAGAGAAUCAUCUGAUGACGCUCUAGUUUCCAUGUUGGCUUCUAAGGAAGACGGUCAAGUGACUCCGCAAGAAGAUACUUGUGCAGAUGACGAUAGAGAAACAAAGGACACACAAGAUGAACGACCUGUUUCUGUGGAAAUAGAAGAGAGUGUAGGAGAAACACAACCAAAAGAACCUGAAGAUGAAAUGCGGGAUGAACAUGUCGAGACUCCGACCUCAUCAAUAAUCUUGGAGAAAAACGAUAACGAGACACUGAUUGCAGAGGCAAAGAAAGAAGAUGAAGACAUAAAUGAAACAGAGACAGCAGUAGCUUUAGAAAGUUUAGGUACCUCGACGAAACCAGAAAAUAUGUCCCUCAAACAAGAAGAGUUUGGGAACCCUGAAGUUCCAAAGCUAGAGGAGUCAAAAGAAGAGAAGAUCCAAGAAAUUCCUGAGACCGACAAAGCAAUAGAUGCUACGGGUGAUCAGAGUCUACCAUUUGAAACAUCACAAGAUAAUAAGACUUCAUCCUCUGAUUUAGCUUUAAACCAGGUUCAGGAGGUUCAUGAAGAAGAAACAAAGGAAGAGCAUAAGUUACAAGUUGCAGUCGAUCAGAUUCCAUCCUUAGCUUCAGAACAGGAUGACCAGAUUCCAAAGAAAGUUGAGGAAAUUCUUGAAGAAGAAACAAAGGAAACACAGAAGGUACAAGCAGACGAUAUUCUCUCCACCAAAACUGUUCCAAGAGAAUCAUUCAGUGAAGCUCCAGUUCCCAUGUUGGCUUCUGGGGAAGACGAACCAGUGACUCCACAAGAAGGUAAUUGUGCUGGUGACACACUCGAGGAGAAGGUAGGAGAAACAAAGCCAGAAGAAUCAGAAAUAGAAGGAACAGAAAAAUCAGAUGAUCUGGUUGAGACUUCAACUAACCUCACUAAGGUAGAAGCUGCAAGUACAAAGAAAACGGAUGUUGAAGUGGCGGAGUUAACAAAUGAUUAUCCUACAGAAGAGGAAGAGAAUAGAGAUGAGACUUAUUCAACUCUUCCCGUUGUUGGAAUAUUGACAGAACUCCAAAAUACAUUGGAGACAGAGAGAACAAUCAAUGAUUCUGCAUCAAAGGGAGACAACAUGAUAAAAGAGUCUGCAGAUCAAGACCAAAAGACAGGUGAUGCUGGCGUUGAAUCAAAUGAAAAAGAUUCUGCUACAGGGAUCAUAGAAGCAAACAAGUUACAACAGGAUGAAAAUGGAGAAACUGAAAAAAUCCAGGAAGAAAACUGUCUUCCAGGGAAAUCUCUUCCAAUAGAAGAAAUCAAUUUGCAAGAGGAACAUCAAGAAGAGGUAAAAGUAAAAGAUGGAAUCAGCAGAGACUUUGAAGUCAACGACGAAGAGAAAUUACAAGAAGGAACUAGGGAGAUUCCAGCUGAUCAGUCAAUUACAGAAGUGUUACCUGGUGAGAAAAUUCUGAUUCCAUCUUCUGUGUUGCCUUCUGAGGAGCUAGAGGAUGUGAUUUUUUCUGAAAAGCAAGAAGAAUGCGAGCCACAACAAGAUAUCAAGGCCUCAAAAUCAGAGAAGAUAAGUCUACAAGAAGAGCAGAAGGACGAGACUCAUGAAACUGUUAAAGAAGAAGAUCAAGUUGUGGAUAUUAAAGAUGAAAAGAAGGAUGACGAGGAACAAGAAAUUGUUUCAUCAGAAGUGAAUAAGGAUAAAGAAGAUGCGAGUGAGCUUUGCGUUGGUAAUGAAUUUGUUUCGCGGGAUGUAGAAAAAGAGGAAGUACCUCACAGUGUCCUGGAGAAUGCAGAAGAGAUCAACGAGGUAGUCAAAUCAGAGAAGCAAAUUACAGAUCUAGUGGGAGUCAUAACGAAAGCUAGUGAAGCUGAGCCUGAAUCAAAUCAAGAACCUGUUAGAACUCAAGCAAUAUCAGAUGAUACAAAGAGAAACGAUAAUAGGGAUUUGUCAACAGAAGAAGCACAAAAGGUGCAAAGAGAAGAGGUUAGUGCUGAUAAAUAUCUCACAAAAGAAGUACUAAGUGAGCAACUUCAGGUUCCGUCCUCAACAACACUAGAUGAUCUCAAAGAUCACAAUAACCCUGAAGCUGACUGGGAUCUUCCAGUACAGAAACCAAGUGAACUCAUUGAGUCUCCUCAAUCUCACAAUCUGCCACUAGAAGAGAAAGUUGAAGAAGCUUCAUUUGGAGUCAAGAAAGCACAAGAUGAGAAAAAUGAAGAAAAUGGUAAUGCUUUGAUAUCAAACGAAAACUUGCAAGUGCAAGAUCAGCCCAAGGAUUCUGAAGCUCCUGCAAUAGAGAAAGAGAUAUCAGAACAAGAGCUGACGUCGAAAGUUCCCACACAUGUCCAGGAAGAUAUUGGUACACACGUUAAACCGGAAGUUCAUGAUGAGGAAACAAGAGCUGAUAGCCAUGAUUCAGUUGUGGUGCCAAAGGAAGAAACUGGCUUGAUCGAGGAGAAGAGGGAGGUUGAACAUGUUAAGACAGAGCUGGAAGAUGCAAUCAAACAUGGAGUUUCCGUAGAAGAGAAGAACAAAACUUCUGAAAAUAUUGAUCAUCAAGCUACAAAAGAAAUCUAUCAAGAGGAGAGUAAGCAAACAGAUACCAUCAAAGAAGAUAUCAGAAAAGAAGAGAAGGAAACAAAUCAAGAAAGUUUCGAAAAUGUGAAGAAAACCGAUGAUGCAAUAGAAAAAACACAACCCGAGAUUCAGGAUAUCGAAAGCUUGUCUUCUGCAAGCAAAACACAAGACAACGCAGAGCAAAAUAAUGAAGUUCCAAACCAACAGGAAAGGGAAAUAGCUGAUGAAGUUCCAAAGCUGGAGAAUCAAAAGAUUGCAGAAGAAGUUCAGCAAAAAGAUGGAGAAUCCGAGAGAACCAAAGAUUUGUUCUCAGCAGUAAAAGAAUCUGAACCGACACUGAAAGAACCGGCAAGGAAAUCGCUAUCAGACCUCAUCCAAAAAGUGAAAGGAACAAAUAAGACUGAGGAUGUAACAACAGAACCUCAUAUCGAAGAAGAGCCUAAAACAGUAGAAGAAGAUGAGAAUGACAAUGGAGAUCAUGAACAUGAAAAAGAUGAUAAAACAAGUCCAGAUUCUAUAGUGAUGGUUGAAGCUAAAGAUACAGUAAGCAUUAUCAAGACUCAUAAGAAAUCACAAGGCAUUCUCUCUGGUGUUGGUUCAAAGGUAAAACAUUCAAUUUCCAAGGUUAAGAAGGUACUCACUGGCAAAUCUUCUCACACAACAAAGCCUUCAUCACCUAAAUGAGAGAAGAAACAAGAAAAACACACAAUCAGUCUCCUCUACAAAGGCUUUUAGUUUUGGGUUUGUUCAUUUUUUUGAUUGUUUUUUUUCUUGUUAUGUGAAUAUUACAGAUUUGUUUGUGGGUUUCAUCAUUUUCACAAUGUUCAAUAAACUGCAGAAUGAAUUGGUUUGGUUACUUUGUUUUUA